UUAGCAAGCAGAGUGGCAGUGGCGGACAGAAGAGAAGGGCUUCCCCUGGAUUUUUCUUUUUUUUAUAUUCCUAACGCAGAAGCCAGCAAAAAUACCAACAUAAAACACCAGGGAGUCACUGGGGAACUCGGCCGAGCACCCGCUAGUCUCCGUUGAGAGCAGCCAUGUCAGAAGAGGCUGUGCGUCAAACACGCAGCCAGAAGAGGGCAAUGGAGAGGGACGGCGUGGGCCUUACCAGUUCCCUGGGAGACAUGGACGCCAAACGGGUCAAGCUGGAGAAAGGGGAUUCUGCCGGAAGUCCACUGGCCCUGGUUGGGCCCGGAGUUGAGGGUGUCAAGCUGAAGAGUGAACAGUCCGCUAAACUGGCAGCCAGCAUCCUAAAGACUGGGGAGGUGAAGGCUACUAUCAAGGUGGAGGUGCAGACGGGGGAGGAGCCUGUUGAUAUGAGCACAUCUAAAAGUGAUAUCAAGAGAGAGCGCCAGCCGCCUUCACCUGACGACGUGAUUGUGUUAUCCGACAACGAGCCAUCUAGUCCCCUCAUGAACGGCCACUGCUUCAACAAGACGGAUACAGACAAACUUAUGAAGAGUUCCCCAGAGGAGAGGGAGCAAAUAAUCAAACAGCUGAAAGAAGAACUAAGACUCCAGGAAGCCAAGUUGGUACUGCUUAAGAAGCUACGACAGAGCCAGAUCCAGAAGGAGAGCACAGCUCAGAAGGCAACUGGCUCUGUGGCAACUCCACCUCCUCUGGUGAGAGGUAGCAUUACAUCAAACAAAGGACCCCUCCAGGUGACGGGUCGCAGCUCAGGCACGGUGAUCCCUCCUCCAUUGGUGCGAGGUGGGCAACACGUCCAAUCCAAACACAACUCUCAGACGGUCAUGCCGCCCUUGGUCAGAGGAGCCCAGAUUAUUACUGUGACUCCCCAGCAGAUCGCCGGAUUGCGUCAGCAACCACAGCAGCACAGCGGCUCAGGCCCUCCUCCUCUUUUGCUGGCUCCCCGGGCCUCCGUGCCCAAUGUCCAGGUGCAGGGACAGAGAAUCAUUCAGCAGGGCCUCAUACGGGUGGCUAAUGUGGCUAACAGUAAUAUCUUGGUCAACAUCCCACAGGCGUCUCCAACUGGCAUCAAAGGCUCGUCGGUGUCGCCCAACUCCAGCAUCGACUCUCCCGCCAGCCGACAGGCUGCCGCCAAGCUUGCGCUCCGUAAGCAGCUGGAAAAGACGCUGCUGGAGAUCCCGCCACCAAAACCCCCUGCCCCUGAGUUUAACUUUUUGCCUUCUGCGGCCAAUAAUGAGUUUAUCUACUUGUUGGGGUUAGAGGAAGUGGUGCAAAAACUCCUAGACAUGCUCGGCAGAGGCAACCUGGGUCCAACAGCUGGCAUGUCCAGCUUCAUUCCCAAAGAGCCACACACCUGCACCCAGUGUAAAACGGAUUUCACCUCCCGUUGGAGGAAAGAGAAGGCCGGGACCAUCCUGUGUAACCAGUGCAUGUCCUCCAAUCAGAAGAAGGCCCUGAAGGCCGAGCACACCAGUCGGCUGAAGGCAGCCUUUGUGAAGGCACUCCAGCAGGAGCAGGAGAUCGAACAGCGUAUCCUCCACCAAGCCACCACCUCCUCUGCCACUCCCGUCUCCAAAACCACCUCGUCUUCUCCCUCGCUGUCCAAAAGUGAUGUUUUGGUGGCUCAGCAGUACAAACAGGUCAGGGCCGCCAUGCCUCACAGGUCUGUGACAGGCCACCACUCGGCCAUUAAGCAGCUGCAGAGUGCAGUGACGGCCGCAGCGUUGGGCAGCAGGCCAGGUAAGCAUUCGGCGGCACGUCCGCUGCAGCAGGGAGCGAAGGUCAGUGCCGGCAGCAGCAACAGUAACCAGGGCAACGUAACCGCCUGGAGGAAGCAGAAUAGCAGCAAUACAGGCGUCACUAUGGCUUAUGUGAACCCCUCCAGCUUGUCCACCCACAAGACCAGCUCCUCUGUGGAGCGCCAGCGAGAGUACCUGCUGGACAUGAUCCCCUCCCGCUCCAUCUCCCAGGCAGCCAACACAUGGAAAUAAUGCAGUCUCAGUUGUCUCCAAUUCCCCCCUUCCCCUUGUAAAAUCUAUGAUAGCCAUUAUGCACCCUCCCAUCUAUAACGAUCUAAUCCUUUCUAUGGACUUGUUUGGACAAAAUGAUGCAGGACGGGAAGAGAAACUACCCCGUUUGUCUGGAGAUGAACAAGAGUCCUUCCCCAAGUGUGGGAUACAAGGAUCAUGUCCUGUCCAGUCUUUUGGGUGGUAAGGGUUCCUCUCCAGCUGAGAUGAGUGGGAAUCACCAUGGAGUUCCCAAGUGUCUCCUGUCUAUAGAUUAGACAGGGAAAAGAUAUUAAGAUUAUUAUUAUUAUUAUUAUUAUUAGACACAGUAGAGUACGCGCCUUACCUACCUUCACCAUCUGGUGGAAGAACUGCUUUUUGAGGACCAUUGGGAAAACUUAAGAUUUGCAAAAAUUAAGAAAAAAAAAAAGACUGUAAAACUGCACUUCCAGAGAAGUGUGUUGGAUUCUUGUUUGUAUGGUUGAAUGUUUAAGAUUAUCUCCAAGUCAUAUACUGUGUUUUUUUUUGGUUGUUUUUUUGUAUUAUUUUUUUGGAAUAUUGCGCUCCUCCGUCACCGAAUUAUACAGGCUCACGUUACUGUUGAAGGUGGUUUUACAGCUGCUGGUUUCCACAUUGUAGCUGACUUUUAAAUACUUUUGGUGUUUGAAGAGGAAGAAUAAAAGUAAACCGGUUUCACUGACUAAUGUAGAAAACAUGGAGGACUACUCUUAUUGAAUAAUAAACAAAAAAAUACAAACCUUCCAAAGAACAAGUGGAGCCCAAAUGGAACUCGUGGAGCCUCCCUGGACAUGACCCGUGAUGAAGGGGGGUGUAUUUUGUCAGGAAUGUCAUAUUUGUGACAUGCUUUUUUCCCGCUUUUAGUCCUUUUUAGGUUGUGGUGCAUUAUUUUUCUUUAGACAAAAACUGUCUCUGGGUUUAUUUAUAGGGUCACCAUAGGAAAGGAUGAUGACAAAAAGGAUCUGUCCGUCAAGAAGACGCUUUCAGAAUGUAGUGAUGCAAAGAAAAACAAAAAAACCCUGCCAGUCAGUCUUUUAACGUUUCAUAUUGUGCAUUUUAACCAGGAUGAGCCACUGAACAUCAUACAAAAAGGAGUUCCCACUCUGCCAGGUUUUUAUAAUCAAGUCUUUUUCCCCUCUCAUGGAAACAUCUCUUCAGUCUGUUGGCAAUGAAUGAAGGAAACAGUGGCCCAGGUUGUUUGUGCAUUCCACUAUCUUGACUUCUCAUAUGCGACCUCUCACAUACUGUAUCAUCACUUCCUGCUUUCAUUUUGGACUUGAGCCUCGCAUCUUUUAGUGACAUCCCAGCUUAUGUCUCAACAUUCCCGCAAAGUAGCAGCAGCAGUCGGCCGCAUCUUGUGGAUACCAGCGACAUGAUCCCAAAUGAACCCUGCUGUUGCCACCGUUUCAAGUCAACACCAUUCCGUUUGUUUUGAAAGGGGUGGCGGCAGCCCAAAUCCAUACGGCAAAGAAAAUUAUGUAUGAGGAGAUAUGGUUUUUGGAUUUUUUUUCCCCCUCCCCUGCUCUAUUAAAUAAUAAAAACAAAUUUUAACCCCUCCUUGGCUGCUUUA